CUUUUAUUCAUGGAUCGAGCUACAUCUAUAAAUCAUUUGUAAAAGCGAAAGUGUGGACUCUAAAAAUGGUAUAUAUUUCACUGUCAAACAGUACUGUCGAAAACAGUACACAAGUUUAUAUUUUUAAAAAUGUUUUUCACAGACACCGCUCAAGCAAUACUUCUCCAAUAACGCGUGGAUGAUUUCUUGUAAUUAAUCAUAAAAAAGCCAAAAUAUUUCCCCCUUUAUAAUUGAUCACUUGCGACGAAAUUGAAUAAUUGUCGGCACGCGUCACCAGAGAAUUUUGAUACGUAUCGUAGAAACGAGGGGCGUCGACACGCACUGUUUUGCCGGGGUUUUGAAGAAGUUGAAAGCCAGCACUCGUACUGCCUGGAGGAUCCUGCUUAAGAAAUUAUUUGUAAACGCCCACCUAGAGAGCAACGGACAUUUUACUGUCCGAUGUAACUUGAUACUGUGAUAGUUUAUGGGAGUGUCCCUUAAACUCUCCACAAACAAAAGGGGACAUACUUUUCGAUACCGCGUUUAUCAAUAUUCUGAUUUUGUGGAUCACAUUACCUGGAGCAAUAAACCUUAUCUCAGCACACAUGCAACUUAAGUCAACACUCUAAGUCUGUUCUGUGAUUUAUACAAACCUCACUUAUGAAAGCGGCUCAUUAACAAAGAGAUAUGUCAGGAAUGGAGAUAUCUAGUAAAAGAACUUUUGGAUUAUUCUUCGUGAUUGUGAUAAAGUGUUCAAAUUGUCAGGAGUUCGUGACAGAUGCCCCUAAACCUUCUGAGAUAGAUGGGGCCACGACCGAUUUCGUAAGCGGGGCGGAAAAUUCCUCGUCAUUAGACCCAUGUUCCAACUCGUUUGAGUACACGAUUCUAACGGAUGAUGGUUACCGCUCGGCGGCUUGUCCUAGUUCCAUUUCUAACCACUUGUGUGACAGUAGGCUGGAAGAAGCUUGGUAUCGCCUGCAAUCUUCUGACGAGUCAUUGUACCUUAGGAUACCCCAGGCAUGUCCCUCCAUUAGGAGCUGUGGAACAGACAACCCCAUCUGGAUGAAUGGCGAAAGUUUUUCUUUGCAUAUUGAAAAUGGUUCUUACCCGUCAGUAGAGGAGGGGAUAGUACGAAAACAGAUGUGCAUCAGAACGGCAUAUGGUUGUUGUCAGGACUCGUUUGAUGUUAGGGUUAAGAACUGCUCCUCAUUCUUUACCUUUAAACUCAAGCCUGUUCCUAAAUGCAACCAGAGAUACUGCUUUGAAGGGGGUGUAUGUGGACUGCCUUCCAUGAAUACUCCAACUCCAGAUGUCACAGUUCCACAUCAUCCUCUCUGUCCAAAUGGAACCUACAGGCAACCAAAUAACUCAUCCGACGAUUCUAACAGGAGGAACCCGUGUUUAUCAUGUCCUUCUGGGUUCUUCUGCGUCAGAGGAAAGAAAAACAGGUGCCCACCAGGAUUUUAUUGCUCACCUGGUUCAUCAGAUCCAAUCAGCUGUCCUUCAGGCAACUACUGUCCUCCUGGUCAGACGUACCCUGUCCAGUGCAGUGCGGGGUAUUACAACCCUUCGAAUACUAGUAUUAACAGUUCAGAUUGUCAGUCAUGUCCGCCUGGAUAUUACUGUUUCCUUCCAGGUAUAGAUAAACCAACUGGGCCAUGUCUUCCGGGAUUUUAUUGUUCCGGAGGAUCAACAACAGGGACGCCUGUUGAUGGUGUUAUGGGUGGAAUGUGUACAGUUGGUAAUUAUUGCCCUAGGGGUUCCGCAAAACCGAUUCCCUGCCCCCAAGGAUACUUCAACCCCGAAACUACUCGUGAAAGUUGUGAAGUUUGCCCUCAAAAUCUGACAUGUCCAGAGGGCUCAGUUUAUCCUUUUGAAUGUAAUCCUGAAAGUGAAAACAUCAGCGCACAAUGUUCCUUAAGUCCUGCACAACCCACAACGAAUCCAUGUUUUAACAGGGAUGGAUCACAACAAGUUGGUAUAUGUGCGGAAUGUCCAGUAGGACAUUUAUGUAGGGACGGUUUUAAUAUAACUUGUCCAGAGGGAUACUAUUGUCCGGAUGGAUCAAGCGUAUUCAUUUGUCCGGCAGGUUCUUACUGUCCCGAAGGACAAGUGCACCCUCUUCCAUGUGAAACUGGAACCUUUAAUCCUUAUACCGGUAAUGGCACAAAAGAAGCCUGUUUGCAAUGUUCUCCCGGGCUGUAUUGCGGAGAGGAAAAUUUAGCAGUUCCCACGGGACCAUGUUCAUCUGGAUUUUAUUGUACAGGAGGAGCGACCACUCCAACACCGUUAAACGGCCGUGGGGGAGAUAUUUGCCGUGCCGGAUAUUUUUGUUUGGAGGGAACAGGAAUUCUCACUCCUUGUCCAAAUUCAACAUACAAUCCUUCCCGAGGACAGUCGAACAUUGAAUCGUGUUUGAAAUGCCCAGAUGGACUCACAUGCAACGGAACGGGGCUUAGUUUUCCAAACGAAUGCCAUUCCAAUGUUUCACACGAAACGGACUGUUCUGGAUCAGGUGGCGAUUAUUGUAGUAAUGAUGGUAUGUGUCUUAACGAUGGGAAAUGUAUAAUCUACAAUAGAUCACGUGGGUUUUGUGAAUGUGUACCACACUUCGAAGGGAAUUUCUGCGAAACUGAUACAACGUUAUUGUUUCUGGUGGAAAAUUCGACUUUGACCUACCUAACAGUGGAGAGAGAGGAGACAAUCAUGGAAAUUGUGUUCGGAACUUCGUUCAUACAAAGCGAGAUGGAAAUCACAUGGUAUAGGGGAAACCUGAUGAUCAGAAACUCCUCUCGUGUCAUGCUGACGAUUGAGAUGAUGGAGGAUUCCUUUAGACUUUACAAAGCUAAACUCAGAUUAAAGUCUGCAAAAUCUUAUGAUAAUGGUACCCUGACAGUAGUAGCUAGUAUUCAGCGGUUGGGUAUUGCCGUCACAGUCAACAUGUCCCUAACAGUUCUAGAACUACCAUCCGCCAGGGUAUCACCAUUGUCACUGAGCGUGCAGACGGGGGGAACCAUUGAAUUAAAGUGUCUUGUUGAAAAUUCAGCACAACGAAAUACGACAGUAAAGUUGGAAUGGGUCAAAAACAGGGAUAUCAUAUCUAGGCAGAAAAACUUUUUGGGGAAUGAGUCCGUUCUGAGAAUUCCCAAUGCCCAGAAAUACCGGACAGGGAAAUACUUUUGCUCGUUGACCUACAGUUUGUUGGGGGUGUCAGGCAGAACAGCGGCUGCGUCAGACGUAUUUGUCUAUUCGCCAGACGACAUUCGCUGUAAGAAAACUGUUGAUGAGCUUAGGAUAGAGUGGGGAGAUGGAAUAACAGGGACGACGUAUUAUGCCCUUUGCCCGAACCAAUACGUGGGAAAUGCGAGCAAACUGUGUAAAACAGACGGAUCCUGGGACCGCACCGUGACGAUAAACUGUGUUGAGAAAAUCUUAUCGGAGGCCAAUGAAGAGUUAGACAACAUUAUCACAGAUAAUGUGAUAGACACUGAUUUCGUAUCGUCAGUUGUCGAUAGACAAAUGUCUGCCUUGACAAACUGGACAGCUAAAAAUAUUGGUACUUCCGGUGAUAUUGAUAAAACGGUUGGAUUGCUUGACAAAAUUCUGAAAGUAACAAAUGCAGCAGAUGCUAAACUACCAGAUCAAGACUUUACAAAAGUGGUGGAUAGCGUUUUGAACGAGAGGCAAAGUCAAAACUGGAAAGAUAUUAAUGAGCAGACUAAAGAUGGAUCGUCACGAAUUUUGUCGACAGUAUCAGAAUUCGGACAUCAGAUAUCACAGGGAUUGAAGGACAGGGACAACAAAACAUUUGAAGAAAACAACUACCUGAUGAUAGUUGGUCGUGGAUCUCGCAAUGAAGCAGUGAAGUUUCCGUCAGGGGCAGCAACUGAUUCAUCCUCACUUGUUUUACCCGUCCAGUCGGAACAGAACACUGAAGACAUUGAUUAUUCCGCAACUGUGUAUCAUACGAUGUACAGCUUUCUACCGUCCAGAAAUGAAUUAUCGAAGAAUACAACAAACAACUUUUAUGUAAACUCAGACGUAUUGUCUAUGGAUAUCAUGGAUAAAAGGGAGAGAACUUCACUGAAUCCUGGGAUAAUGAUGAAUAUCAAACACAAAGGAGAGACCAAUCUUCAAAAGACGGAGGUGGUAUGUGUGUUUUGGAACUUCACACUCAGGUCUUGGUCUUCAGAGGGUUGCAAUACGACGAAAGUUAACAAUCACGUGACCAAAUGUGAAUGUGAUCACCUGACAAACUUCGCCAUUUUGAUGCGUCCAUAUGCAGAGGAGAAAGAAGAUGACGUCUUGACACUGAUCUCACUGAUUGGUUGCUCUAUUACCGUGGUUCUUUCAACAGUCACAUUUUUCAUAUUCAUCAUUUUAUGGAGGUACGUGAAGAACGAUCAGAAUCUGGUUCUGGUGCACCUCUGUCUCAGCAUCUCUCUGGGAUAUCUCCUUUUUCUACUUGGAGUCAGCAGAACUGAAAACAAGAUAUUAUGUACAGUAAUCGCCGCUUUCCUGCAGUAUUUCUUUUUGGUGGAGUUCUUUCUGAUGUUGGCGAUGGGUGUCUACUAUUUUCUACAAAUCACUGUUCUAUACUAUUCAUUUAGCACAGCCAAUGAUAUCAAAGCGAGGCUUAAUAUGAAGAGGAUACUGCCCAUUGCAUGGAUUAUUCCAAUUUUGAUAACAGGCAUAACGGUGGGAUCGACGUACACUCGGGAGUACAAUCAAAGUCACGUCUGCUGGUUGUCAACAGAAAGCGGUUCCUUAUAUGGCUUCGUUGGACCUGUUUUACUUAUUAUUUGUAUUAAUAUAUUCAUUAUAUGCUCGCUUUUCCGAGUGAUGUGUGCGACACGGUUGCUGAGCGAGUCGAACACGAAGAAGAAGGCCACAACUGGCCUGCGCAGUUUAUGCACACUUUUGCCAGUGCUGGGCAUCACGUGGGUAUUCGGAAUACUAUCUAUAAAUGACGAUUUGAUAGCAUUUCAAUACCUUUUUGCAGUAUUUAAUUCCCUUCAGGGAUUAUUCAUUUUCCUUCCAAAUUGUGUAUUCAAUAAAAAGGUUCGAGAGGGACUUCUUCAUAAGAUGAGGCUAUUUGAAUCACAACAAGAAAAUAGUAAAAUACAGUCCAAGAAUUCAAAAAGAUUUUCAAACGCACACGAGAAUUUGAAAAAGAAUGAAAAAGAUAGAGAUUCAAGCAUUAAAAAGGGUGUUGUUCAACCAGUCCGACUUAUAAGAUAUACAAAGCAGUUAGAUUUCAUAGAUGGUGGCUAUGACAAUAUGUGCUUUGACGACAUGUUGCCAUUAGAUGUCAUUCCUUUUAGAAGUCAAUCCCUGUCUCAGAAUACGCUGGCACACGGUGGUGAAGAAGGUAGGGUAUUGAAUACACCAGCUGCAUUUAUAAAACAUCAGAAACAUAUGUCCAAUCUAAUUCGGAUGAAAAUGGAUUUGAUAACGUGAAUUUAAAUGAUCAAAACCACUUGUAAAAGUUCCUCUGACAAAUAUAUACUAGUGCCAAAGAGUGAUUAAGAAUCACAUAUAUUUGAUAUGGAUAUUGUGUGUUAUAUACCGAGCUUUAUUAUUUUAUUUAUUAUGUUUUGAUAAUAAAAUUUGUAUGUCAUUCAUCAUAA